CUCUCUCGCCCGCUUUUCUUCUUUGACUUGCUCUUCUGCUUCUGUGUUGAUACAAGUACGUAUUUGUUGUUAGGUACUUGGUUACGCACUCUCUUCGAAGAAUACGCAGAGCUGUGCAAUUCGUGCUCAAUUGAAAGCCUCUCCGAGCGAGUGAACAGCAAAUAUGUCUACAAAACACUUCAUCAACGACCCAACACACCUCGUAAACAGCGCCCUCCAAUCCCUCCCCCACACAAACCCCUCCCUCGCCCUCGACCUCCCCAACAAAACAAUCUACCGCCGCGCCCCCUCCCCUUCCCACGUCAGCAUCGUGUCAGGCGGGGGAUCAGGCCACGAACCAUCCUUCGCCAGCUUUGUCGGCGCAGGGCUGCUCACGGCCAGUGUCGCGGGGACCAUCUUCGCGUCGCCGUCUGCGGAGCAGAUUCGGAGAUGCAUUGCGCAUCAUAUCCCGCAGCAGCAGGGCGUGUUGGUUGUGGUGAUGAAUUAUACGGGGGACGUGUUGAAUUUCGGCAUGGGGGUUGAGAAGGCGAGGGCGAGGGGCGUACAGGCGGAUAUGGUUGUUGUUGGGGAUGAUGCUGGGGUUGGGAGGGAGAGGGGUGGCAAGGUGGGGAGACGGGGGAUUGCGGGGACGUGUUUGGUGUUGAAGAUUGCUGGGGCGCUUGCGGCGAGGGGCGCGCCCCUCAAAGACGUAUCUGCAGUAGCGCAGCUCACUGCCAAUAACCUCGUCUCGAUAGGGUCAUCGCUUUCCCAUGUCCACGUCCCAGGUCGAACCAUCACGGCCACAGGCGAAGACGAGCUGGGUCCGUCCGAAAUCGAAAUCGGGAUGGGCAUCCACAACGAGCCGGGCUCGGAGCGCAAGACGACUGAUCUCCCAGGGCUCGUCAAAACGAUGCUCGCACACUGCCUGGACCGCUCGGACAAGGACCGCCAUUUCGUCGACAUCUCCGAGCGCGAUGAGGUCGUGUUGUUGGUGAACAAUUUGGGUGGGGUCAGUGUGCUGGAGCUUGGUGGCAUCACUAAUGAGGUUGUUGAGCAGCUGGCUGAUGACUGGAACAUCAAGCCCGUACGCAUUCUGGCGGGUACUUUCAUGACCAGCUUGAACGGGCUGGGGUUCAGUAUUAGUCUGCUGAGAGUGACAGAUACGGGCCUCGGCGCUGGAGCUUCUAUGAUCGAACUGCUAGAUGCGCCUUCUGAGGCGGCUGGAUGGUCUGCUGUGGUGAAGACUGAUACGUGGACUAGCCAAGAAGAGCCCAUGCAGCGGCAAAACACCAACAUCGAUGAGACAUGGACUAGCAACCUGAGGAUCGAUCCUGAAAUCGUCCAGUCAGCCUUAACAACAGCACUCAACAGGUUAAUCGCAGCCGAACCGGACAUCACCAGAUACGACACAAUUGUGGGAGACGGCGACUGCGGUAUUGGGCUCAAGCGCGGGGCCGAAGCUAUCUUGGAGAUGCUUCGAGGAGCAACAAAGACGGACGAUGCGCUCACACUUGUGCAAAAGAUAACGCAGGUUGUGGAGUUGGCCAUGGACGGAACUUCUGGCGCCAUCUACGCCAUCUUCUUCAAUGCCCUCGCCCACGGUCUGAGUCAAAAUGCGCCCUCAUCACCACAGCCCAUCACAGCAGAGAUCUGGUCGAAAGCUCUAGGCUCAUCCCUACAGUCGUUGAGCAGAUAUACUCCUGCCAAGCCUGGAGACCGUACACUAAUGGAUGCUUUGUACCCGUUCGUGGAAAAGCUGUCUGAAGGAGGACACAUGGAAGAAGCGGCAAACGCAGCAGCAGAGGGCGCAAGAAACACGCAAGGUAUGCGAGCUAGUUUGGGACGGACGGUCUAUGUCGGUGGCGAAGGAUGGCAGGGCGUUCCUGAUCCUGGCGCGCAUGGCCUGGCAGAACUAUUGCAGGGCCUGAGUGAGGGAUUGAAGAAGUGA